UUAAAGAUUUUCUUUACUGCGCCAUACUGAUUCAAUCGAAAAUAAAUUUAUUGGCCAUUUUUUUACGGCACGUGACCUCAACUGGCAAAUCUUAUUCGUUGCUGUGAUUAGUAGAAAAUCCAAGAUGGCCUCGAACUAGCCCUUUCUCUUGUGGACUAAGCAUCAAAGAUUAUAUUUCUGGACUAAGCACUGUCCAUAAUGUCGACUCGUUCGGCCAGAACUACUCGUUUGAAAACACGCAAUCUCAGGAAAAAAGUACAAUCAAAGUCAAGAUGCUCAAAAUAUCGUGGUACAGAAUUCUUUUCUUGUGAUGCUCCCAGUUCGGGGGAAGACAAAAAUAGUAGAUAUUACUUGAGACGACGACGAUCUCAAAGUACAGAAGGUGUCUCGGCUGUUUCUACCUCUGAAGUUUCACAGCCACCGCUGAAAAAAAGAAGGAAAAGCAAUGUCAAUCCUGCUUUACAACCACAAGGCCGUGUUGCUGCACGUUACCUGCAGCAUGAACUUCCAGAUGAGGUCAUGUUUUAUAUAUUUUCUUUUUUAAAAGAGCUUGAUCUUUGCAAUGCUGCUCAAGUCUGUCGUAGAUUUCAAGCAAUCACAAAUGAUCAUGAACUAUGGAAAGUCCUGUAUAUGGAGGUGUUUGAAUAUGACUCACCCCUGAUGAACCCAGAACCACGAGUUUUUCAGUUUGUCUCUGCUGAUGAUCCUAAUUAUGACAAUCCUUGGAAAGAGAGUUUUAAACAAUUGUACAGGGGUAUUCAUGUGUCCAGACAUAAUAUACCUCUGUGUGAAAAUAAUAAAGGCAAGCGGAUGAAAGGAAGAAAUAUUAUUAAAUUUGACACGAUUGAGUCAGCAUAUAACUUUGUUGAUACUGAAGAACUGGAGGAUGCCCUUAUUUUUAUCCAUUCAGGGACUUAUCAUGGAGAAUUUCUACUUAUAGACUCCCCGGUGUCUAUGAUUGGUGCAGCUUCUGGUAAUGUGAUGGAUAAUGUGAUUAUUGAAAGAGAAACAGAGUCAACUAUUAUGUUUGUUGAAGGUUGCAGGAGAGCUUACUUAGGCUAUGUUACACUCAAGUUUUCCCCGGAUAGUACAUCGACUGUCCCUCAUCAUCGUCACUAUGCCCUGGAAGUAGCUGAGAACACACAGCCAAUCAUAGAUCAUUGCAAAAUUAAAAGUUUAUCUGUUGUUGGGGCAGCCGUGUGUGUGUCUGGUCAAAAUGCUGAUCCUACUAUUAUCAACUGUGUCAUUCGAGAUUGUGAAAAUGUUGGGCUGUAUGUUACAGAUAAGGCAGAGGGAGUGUAUGAAAACAAUGAAAUCAGUGGCAAUGCCUUAGCUGGUAUUUGGGUGAAGAAUGGGGCCAAUCCAAUGAUGAGGAACAAUCAUAUACAUCAUGGCAGAGAUGUUGGAGUCUUCACAUUUGAUAAUGGAUUGGGUUACUUUGAUAACUGUGAUAUUCAUGACAAUAGAAUAGCUGGGUUUGAAGUCAAGGCUGGUGCUAAUCCAACAGUGAUUCACUGUGAGGUACACCAUGGUCAGACUGGUGGAAUCUAUGUUCAUGAAAAUGGCCGUGGUCAAUUCCUUGAGAAUAAAAUACAUUCUAAUAACUUUGCUGGGGUAUGGAUUACAUCCAACAGUGAUCCUACUAUUAGGAAAAAUGAAAUCUACAAUGGUCAGCAGGGAGGAGUGUACAUAUUUGGGGAUGGACGGGGCUUAAUAGAACACAACAAUAUUUAUGGCAAUGCGUUAGCUGGAAUACAGAUUCGGACCAACAGUAACCCUAUAGUUAGGCACAACAAAAUUCACCAUGGCCAACAUGGUGGUAUCUAUGUGCAUGAAAAGGGUAAAGGUCUGAUAGAAGAAAAUGAAGUCUAUUCUAACACUUUGGCUGGAGUGUGGAUCACAACAGGAAGUACACCUGUUUUAAGGCGGAAUAGGAUACACAGUGGGAAACAAGUUGGUGUAUAUUUCUACGAUAAUGGUCAUGGAGUAUUGGAGGACAAUGAUAUUUUUAAUCAUCUGUAUUCUGGUGUACAAAUAAGGACUGGAAGUAAUCCAUUCAUCCGUAAAAAUAAAAUUUGGGGUGGCCAAAAUGGAGGUAUUUUAGUUUACAACGGAGGCCUGGGCAUGAUAGAAAGUAAUGAAAUAUUUGACAAUGCAAUGGCUGGCAUAUGGAUCAAAACAGACAGUAAUCCAGUAUUACGUCACAAUAAGAUACAUGAUGGUAGAGAUGGGGGUAUUUGCAUUUUUAAUGGUGGAAAAGGGUUGUUGGAAAAUAAUGAGAUUUUUCGUAACGCUCAAGCUGGAGUUUUAAUAAGCACUCAGUCACAUCCUGUUUUACGAAGAAAUCGUAUAUUUGAUGGUCUGGCCGCAGGUGUUGAGAUAACUAACAAUGCUUGUGCCACACUAGAAGAAAACAAGAUUUUCAAUAAUAAGUUUGGGGGAUUGUGCUUAGCCACUGGAGUGGAGCCCAUUAUGAAAGAUAACAUUAUCUUUGGCAACCACAACAUGGUAGAUAGAGCUGUCAGCUCUGGACAAUGUCUAUACAAAAUCUCUAGCUAUACCAGCUUUCCUAUGCAUAAAUUUUUCAGGUGUCGGACAUGUAAUACAACAGAGAGGAAUGCCAUCUGUGUCAACUGCAUCAACACUUGUCAUGCCGGUCAUGAUGUUGAAUUCAUUCGACACGACAGAUUCUUCUGCGACUGUGGUGCUGGAACUCUGAGCAAACAUUGCCAACUUCAAGGAGAGCCAACACAAGACACUGAUACACUGUAUGACUCGGCCGCCCCAAUGGAAUCCCACACACUGAGGGUUAAUUGAAUGUAGUGUUCUUUAUGGUUUAGUACUAGAAACGUAACUCAUACCAAGCAGUCACUGGCUUAUUUGACAAGCAAUGGAUGUAUGACAUUGUUAAUUGAAACAUAUUUAAUUGGUGCCAUAUUAGUUCUCAACAUCAUCAGUAACCCUACUGAUAAUACCACCUUUUUUUUUUCUUGCUUAAAAGGGGCAGAUUUAGUAAGCAUGUAGGUGUGACAAUCAGACCUCUUUUUCACUAUUUCAAAUAGAUGUUAACCUGUAUCAAAAUAUGUCAACUUUUCUUUGAAUCAUUUGGUUUUUGCAUUUAUCCAGUUUUCAAGACUAUUUAUUUAUUAAUAAGUUAUUUUUAAUUUGUGCAUUUUAAAAUCCAUAUUCAAUUUGUAUUCCAUUCUGCUGAUUUACAGUUAGAUGAAAACCAUACAAUUGAAAAGGACCAUGUAGUUAAUACUAGGUAUUAGUACCUGGUACAAAUAGAGAAAUGAUACUCCAUUAAAGUGUUAUAAAGGUUUCUACACAUUCUACUGUACUGGAACCUGUUGAUGAAAAGGGCACCACUGUUGAAUAGCAUAUUAUGUCCAUUCAUUUCAAGCAGAGAAUAAAAACAGCACUAAGUUUGUUUAAUCAUUUGGAUUGGAAAAUGAAAAGAAACUGUCAGAUUCAUCUAAUUUAUUCUAAGUCGUGACAGCGUGCAAGACAGCAGUUGUAAUUGUGUAUAGAUUGGCUUUGAACUCUGUGUUUAGACUGACUUCACACUUGAACACUAUCUCACUGUAAAGUACUUCAUGGGACUUCGUGUUAUUGUACAAUUUGUAAAAUAUAUUUUUCUUUCGGUCCUUUGAUAGCACCAGGGGUGCAGACUAGUUGUACAAAGCUGUGUGCCAUUGGUGUACAUUGUACAUAGUUGCUCUGUGUACAGUUCAACCUAGAAACAAAACUAAUUUCUAUUGUUGAUCAUGUUUCUUUACUUCUUAAUGUAUUUAAUUUUAUUCUUAUCAUCAUUAUGAAAUAAGAAUCUAGGAUCUCCCUUCAGUUACAAGUCUCUAGAGUCAAUUAAAGUUAUUUAAAGAAUGGGAUUUAUAUUCUUAGUCUCGUCAAGAAGCUCAAAUAGUCUUUUUAUUAAUUACUAAUUUAUUGUUUCAGUCUAAAUGAUCCAUUUCUUCAUUUCAAUCGCUUAGAUUUGAGAAAUAUUCUUCAACUUGUUAACAUGACCUGAAGAUGAAAUAACAUAACACUGAAUGGUCAGUUUCAGCUUUGAUUCAGUUGCUUGAUUUUUUUGUGUGAAAAGAUUUGUAGUCCAACAGCAUCAAUGCACACAUUGUUCAAAUCAAUUUUCCCUUCUUUCAACAUCAGUCCAAGAGCUAAUAAACUACAGAUAUUUGUUUGAUCUCUUAUUCUAUUGUCUUAAGUUGGACUGAUAGUUUGAGCUGAUGUAUUUAUGGAAAUGCCAGCUUCAGGAGAAAACUGGCUUACUUAACAGAAAGUCAUGUUUGUAGCAAUCAAAUCAACUUUCCUUGUGACUUGAUGAUGUUCCCAUUAAGUGAGCUCAUAUUGAUGUGGGGAUUUCCUUUACAAAAGCAGAAACCUAUAAAAUAACCCUGUGUGUUGCCAGUGAUUUGCUGUGUGCUGCUUUGGUAUUGGGUUUGGCUCAUUGCUGAGCAUUGACUGCCAGAAUCUACUAGUACAAAGUUUGUGUAUUGUGUUGAGUUCUUAUCAGUGAGAGAGACACUCAGUGAUACAUUGGACAAAUGUAAUGUGUACAUUUCCCCUGCAAGUUUCAGUAUGCUAACAUUAAACCAAAGAAUCAUUUCUUUAAGCAAUCCUACUUCUCAGUACAUGCUAGGUAGCAAUAAGUAUGUGAAAGCCAUUGUAUUCAUUAGCAACCUUUAGAAUCAUGUAUUAUCCAUUGCAAUGGUUCUUGCUGAAUUAGGCCAGUGUGGAUGUCUGUGAACUUGAUGUUCACAGCUCUUGUCUUGCUCCUCACACAUCUUCCCCGUGUUCACUGGGACAUUUUCAAAUGGCUUUUUUUUUUUAUAUUUCAUUGGAAAGAUGUGGUGUUUUUUUUUCUGUGUACAUUCUAUAUUAUCAUGUUGAUUUUUUUUAGUGUGAUCUUUGUGUGUAUGUGUGUGACUUAGCGAUGGUUGGAAUCAAAUGGUUUAUUAUUAUUAUAGAUUUGACAUUGAUAUGUAAAUAAUAGUUCCCACUCAUGGAAACACAAAUGUCCUUAGCAAAUGCAUUGUACAAAUUUGUUGGUUUGAAAGGUUUUGAUUGUUUGUAACAAGUUGUACUUUUGUGUGUUUGUUUUAGUUGUGACUUUUGUGUUGGCAUUGAACUAUUGAAAUGUAGUUGUGAUAAGAUAUUACUCAUGAAGCUGUGACAAUGUCUUUUUUUUUUUUUUUUUUUCUUCCUUCUAUUUCAGAUGUAUGGUGUGGUGUUUUUUUUUUUAACAUUUCUUUUUAGCAUAGUUAAAUGCUGAUAUUUUCAUGCUGUCCCUGAGAAUUUAUGAACCCCUUAACUCUUCAUCUGAUUCACUAUUUAACAAACUAGCAUCUUGGUUAAGUGAUAGAGCACUUGGCUGCUAAAUAGCAUGUUAGGUUCAAAUCCUUGGAGUAGUACAAUGUGUCAACCAAUGUGAAUUCAAUUGGAUACCUGACAUUUUUUGGGGGACUGUCAAGGCUGUUUGGUCUUUGCAUUGGCCACAUUACUUUCUAUACUAGUUGGCUUACAGAAACAGAUGAACUAUACAUCAUCUGCCUUACAGACUCCCAGGUCUCACUUGAAGCACAUGUUUUACAUCUGAAUGCAAAACAUCAUGUGGUAGUCAUGUGAACUGUUUUAUCAGCUACAAACUUUUCUGUCCUCCUUUGCCCAUUUACAGCAAAAUUUGGUUGUUUUUGUUGGUGUGUGUGUGUGUGUGUGUCAAAACAGGUUUGGGAUUAACAGUACUAAUUACCGAGUUAUGUAGGGCUGAGACAGGUAGUCUCACUGGGUUCCUAGUCUGUCUCUUUGAUCAAAACUUUUUGUUUUCUUGAUGAUUUCACAACUAGUUUUAAAUCCACCGAUUCCAAAGUGAGCAGACUCGUAUGUUCAGAUCCAAGUUGAAAGAUCCUAAAAGCAGAAUUCAAUGUAGCAAGGCAAGUAGCACUACCUCAAAUAAUGAAAACAUUUAAGCUUUUCUAUGGAUACUGUUUAGGGCAUUCACCUUUUAAUUUGUGUAAAGUAAUGUCAAGUAGGUAUAGUUUCCUGACCCCUGAUUUUCUAAUGUUAUUCAGUGGCCAUCUAAAGUUAAAAGAUUUAGUGUAGCAUCACAAGGUCUAGCUAACUCCAAACCACAUCCUUAUGUUAGAAGGUGCAAAAGGAAGCACUAAAUUGUGCCUGGCGUUGGGAUGGUAAUGGAAUCCACUUUUCUCCUCUUGUCAGACACUAUGUCUUUCAUUAAGAACCAUGCAUGUAUAUGUACAUAAAUAUAUCUCUUUUUUUUUUUUUUGAAAUAGUUUAAUCAAGUUUUAGAUUUCAUUCAAUAAAUAUACAUGUUACUGUUUUUUGGUGUGGGCACAUGUGAGUUUGUUAUAAGUUUGAUUAAUCCGGGCAUGUGAUGGUGUGUUCUGAAUGUUUCUAUGACUACUGUACUAGUGUUGUUUUAUUCUUUUUCAUGUCAUGUAUUUAUUAGUGCACUGUUACUAAAGAUUCAGAUUGUGGUUUCAUGGAUUCAUAUGCUUCAUUGAAACUAAAACAACAACAAAAUAUAUGAAACAUUAUUUUUUCUUUCCUAUUUUGAUCUAUUCUGAACAUACACAAAUUUGACUUUGAAUUUCACUCCAAAGUUGCAUUCAUUGAACAUUGAUCACCAUCACUCAUGACAUGAAAGCCUUCUUUGUACUACAUGCAUUUCAUACAAAGAAUUAAUAAAUUGAAACAAUUGGA